ACUAAUAAUGUUGGCAUGGCAUCAUGUUAGUGAGGAUUAAACACAUUAUUUUCUGAAAUUUCGAGAUAUCAUAAUUGAAAUGUAACGACACAUUAUCCGUGAGGGUCUCGAAAAUUAAUCUAUAGUGUUGUUCACAAAUUUCCUACGCUGCCGUGGAGUGUGUGUGUGGGCUAGUCUUGUGAUGUGGUUGUUCAGAAUGAUUUUACAUCCACAUUUUGAAGUUUGUGGAUCACAGAAAUGAAGAGAUCGUCUGUCGGAUUCCUUGCACUUUAGCCAUUUUUAUGAUGACUAUGAAAACGAUAUAUAUUUUUUUAUUAUAAUGAAUUAUUAUUGGAGCAGCUGUUUUACGUUAUGCAUAGGUUAUCCGUGCGUGUUUUUUACUGCCUGUUCGAUAUUUACAUAAAUCUGUAACCAGAGCCCGUAGGAAUCCUGUAAAUUUAUGUAAUUAAUAAAUAUACCCCAGUGUUAAAACAGGUGUUUCAGAGCGAGGCUUCCCAAUGAACCCAAUCCCGUUUUCUUCCAUAUAACAGAUGUGACAUCUACUAACAAACAGAUGCGAUAAUAUUUAACCAGUGGUACUGAUUAGGGACAAAAAUUUCUGAGGUAAAGAUCUUAAAUAUAUUGAUACAAUGGAUAAUGGAAUGCUGGAACAUAGGUACAGAGCCCUUCGUAACCACUUGGAUAAGUUGGGUUAUCAGUACCCUUUGGCAGUAGAAUCUCUUCCCUUGGUAGAAAGGCUUGUAUCAGACCUUUUACACACUACAGAAAGGUUACGUCAUUAUAAGGAACUAGCACAGAAAAGUUUCGAGGAAUCCAGAAUUCUUCAAUUAGGAGUUGAACCAUACAAGCUUGAUAAUGCCAAACUUGUUGAGGAAUGCAAUGAUUUGCACUUGAAAUUACUGCAUCAGCAAGAAGAUGCUGAUAAGAAUCAGAAAGAUUUGAAACUUCAGAUUCGUGAACUAAAAAGUGAAAAUUCAGACCUUCAGUUCCUAAAUUCACAGCGUCUAGCAAGAAUUAAGACUUUAGAGCAGGAAUCUGCCCAGAAGACUCGUAAGAUUGUGCAGUUACAGGGAAAAGGUGUACACACUGUUAAGUCACCACCUGGUCACAAGAAAAAGACUCUUUCUACGAAACCUCAAGCAACUUUUGAGUUAGACUCCCCAUUAAAACUGGGAACAUCUUGGCAAGAACAGUAUAACAGUGUAUCAACACAGGCAAAGAAUCCUUAUGUUGCAAAUUUGUUGGAAUUAGCAGAUCAGCAAAUUAGUAACUUAAAUCGAGAGAUAAACUUCCUGAAGGAGGAGAAAAUUCAGCAGUCAGAUGUCGUUGCCACGCUCAAGAAUAAGCUAGAGAAUCGAGACAAAGAAAUUCAGCGCCUCAGAGGCAUGUUGGAGGGUGGUCGACCAAUUGAUGCUGUCAGAAAGGACUGCCAGUGCACUUGUAAGGACAUGACCCAUCAGCUCAAUACUCUGUCUAAUGAAAUUAAUAUACUUGAACGAAAGAAGAGAGAACUGGAAGAACAAGUUGAAGAAUCAGUUUCAAGUCAGCAUGAGGCAAUGACUCGAGCAGUUAUGCUGGCCGAUCGUAAUAAGCAACUUGAAAAGGAGUUGCGUGAUAUGGAUCAGGUGGCUCUGGCAGUUGAAGCUGAAUGUAAUUCAGCUGUUCAAGAGAACACAAUGAGAGUAUCAAAAAUUCAGGUGCAACUGGAAAACAGUUUGAGGCAAAUCGCUCACUUAGAACAAGAAAUGUCAAAAAUGCAACGAACUAACCAGGAACUGAAAGCGAGCUUGAAACGUAUGAGAAAUGAAAAAGAUGAGCUCCAAAGGAAAUCGGAAAGUGCACGUGAUGAGAAAAAAUAUUCAGAUCGCAUCAAUGAACUUACAAUUAUCGAACGUGACCUCAACGAAGAGAUUGAACACCUGAUUGAAGAAACAACUUUACAGAAGCGCAGAAUAGCAGAACUUGAAAGCCAGUUGGCAUCUAGGGUAACUGAUCUUGGCACAGUGACUGGCAAAACCCAGAAGAAGGUUCACCCAGAAGAGAGGCCAAAGAAUAAAGUUCCAACAAAAGCUCCAAAAGAUAAAAGAGAUGGUAGCAUUGAUAAGCGCACCUCUUCUCCAGAAAAUGGUGUCCAACUAAAUUCUGAGCAAUAUGAAGCUUUGAUUGAAAGAUUGCAGUCAGAAAGAGAUUUUUACUACAGUGAAUGCUGUCGUUUGAGAGAAGAAACAGGUGCCACUGCAUCCUGUACCAAUUGCAGUGAACUGCAACGCAAACUCAGUGAAAAAGAGCAACAGUUACAGGAGCUGCAGCAAGCAAAUCGUGAUUUAAUCAAAGAGAAAGAAAUUCUGAGGUCUUUGCCACACAGGGAAACACAUUCAACAAUGACAUCUCCCACUUACAUAAGUCCUGGUACAGACCCAGCCUCUGGAGUGUCCUGGAUGGCUGUGAUAAAACAUUUAGAACAAGAACGUGAUUUGGCAAGAGGUAAUGUUAAAUCUUUGGAAGAGGAACGAGAUGCGCUUCGUGAACGUCUUAAGAUUGCCACAGAGACUCAGAUCACAGCACAUACACGACGUGGGCAGGCUAUUACCGAGAGCGAGGAAAAAGUACGAAGAUUAGAGGCAGAGAAGCGGGAACUAUUGGCUUCUCAAGGAGCUCUUAAAGUAACAGUUUCCAGCUUGGAGAGCCAGAUAGAAUCAUUACAGAGUCAGCUAUUUGCUGCACAGUCAGAACUAACACAACGCGCACGACGUGAGAAGAUAACUGACAGUGACGAUAUAGUACGAAAAUUAGAGGCAGAGAAGCGGGAACUAUUGGCUUCUCAAGAAGCUCAUAAAGUAACAGUUUCCAGCUUGGAGAGCCAGAUAGAAUCAUUACAGAAUCAUCUAUUCGCUGCACAGUCAGAACUAACACAACGCGCACGACGUGAGAAGACUAUAACUGACAGCGAGGACAUAAUACGAAAAUUAGAGGCAGAGAAGCGGGAGCUAUUGGCUUCUCAAGGAGCUCAUAAAGUAACAGUAUCCAACUUUGAGGGCCAGAUAGAAUCAUUACAGAGUCAGUUGUUUGCUGCACAGUCAGAACUAACACAACGCGCACGACGUGAGAAGACUAUAACCGACAGUGAGGAGAGAGUACGAAAAUUAGAGACAGAGAAACGGGAACUAUUGGCUUCUCAAGGAGCUCAGAAAGUAACAGUUUCCAGCUUGGAGAACCAGAUAGAGUCAUUGCAGAGUCAGCUAUUCACUGCACAGUCAGAACUAGCACAACAUGCACGACGGGAGAAGACUAUAGCCGACAGUGAGGAGAGAGUACGAAGAUUAGAGGCAGAGAAGCGGGAACUAUUGGCUUCUGAAGGAGCUCAUAAAGUAACAGUUUCCAACUUUGAGAGCCAGAUAGAAUCAUUACAGAAUCAGCUGUUCACUACACAGUCAGAACUAACACAACAGCGUGCACUGUAUAACCAAAUUAAGACUUUGCAAGAACAGACAGAUCGUGCACUGACUGAUUCACAAGGAAAAGUCAUUCAAUCAGAAAUGGAACUCACAAAUUGCCGAGAACGUGUCAGACAACUGGAAAGAGAUCGAGCAAGAUCAGACCAAGAGGUAGCCCUCCUUAAGAAUGAGAUUUCAGUUAUGAGAGGAACUUUGGCGGAAGUUGAUCGAGAAAAGGAUGAACUGCUGAUAAACAUUGACAAUAAAACAGAAAGAGCAGUAACACUUGAACAGGAAUUAAAGGCAAAGGAAGACAGGUUACAGAAGACAGAGGAAGCUCUAACAGAAACAAGGAAAAAAUUAAGCACUGCAAUGGAUGAUAUUGCCUCAAGAGAUGCAAAAGCAAGAUCUAUUGAACAGGAUGCAAAGAGCCUGCGGCAUGAGCUGAAAAUGUUGGAACAAGCCAGGGAAUCCGCCCUUGCUGAGAGCAGGCUCCUUCAUUCUGACUUGGCAAAUAUCACAGAGAACCUUCGGCGAGCCAACAGUGACCUUGAAUCCUCUCGUCGGGAAGUAGAAAACUUAAAACAUCAGUUACAGGAAUAUGUGUCAGAAGUGAGACGUGUGGAAGAGCUGCUUGCAAAGAAGGAGGGGGAAAGAAAUGAGAUGCUGGAUCAUUUUCGCAGCUUGAGUGUGGAGGCAUCUGCCUUGGAAAGUAAUAACCACAGUCUAGAGACAGAAGUGCAGGAUACCAGAAUGCAGCUGCGUAUUGCUAAAGACCGUAUCACUGACCUGGAGCACCUGCUAGAGACUAAAGAUACGCUGGUGAACAGCUGCGAACGCCAGAUAGCAGAAUUGUCUGGAAAUAUUGCUCGACUUGAAACUCAGAUACAUGAAGAAAGUACCCAAAGACAUCGUACAGAAGAGGACUUAAGUGUCGUGCGAGAUUUGUGUACCAAACUGGACACUCAAAAAGACAACUUAAUGCAGCAAGUUACUGAGAGCGGCCUCACUAAGAUGCAGCUGGAGACAGAGUUGGCACGACUUCGUGACGAACAGAAGGUGCUGCAUGAGAAACUGACUAAGAGCCAUGAAUCAAUUGCAACCCUGGAGAAUCUUCUGUCAUCAUGUCGCAAGGAAAUGCUUGAUCAGAAGCUUGCACACGAAGAAACACAGGCUGAGUUGAAGAGGCUGCACCUAAAGAUUACAGAUAUGAAGGAAAAACUGGGCAGAGCAUCAUCAGAAUUGCAGCAAAGUCAGCAACAGGUUGCAGAAUUGACACACCAGGUUUCAGAACUACAGAGGAGUGUUACCAAUGAACGCUUUGAACGUGCUCGACUGGAAGAGGAAUGCAGAAGAACCAUCACACUGAGUGACUCACAAGGCUCCUCAACUAAUCAUGCAGAUAUACAAGACACAGAUGAAGAAGGCGGAGCUUCAUCCAGUACUGAUCUGUGACUGUGGAAGUAAGCUGCAAUAUGAAACUGGUUGUAUAUUUUUAUUUUGAAAGUCUUUAUUUUGACAUAGAAAAUUAAAGUAAGAUGUUAUAUAUAUAAUGUAAGAUUUGAGGCUUUCACGGCGGUGACUAUGAAGAAAGCAGUCUUCUGGCAUUUGGCACC